CCUAAAAAAACCUCAGAAAGGCAUAAACAUCAACGCAAAGACUCGACUGCCGCCGGCUUUGCUCCAGAAAGAUCAAAGCAAAUAGAAAGAGAGAGAGAGACAGGUAGAAGAUGAGGCUGUUAACUCACAACAUGUUAUCCUCAAACAUCAAAGGUGUUACCAAUGGUUUUCCUCUUAAAAUAGAGCCCACUAAAGUUGUGGAGAAGCAAGUCGACAUGAACUCCGACUUCCUCAAAAACAUCUUCAACAAAAUCGAAUGGACACCCUUUGUUGAAGCUGCUAAAACCCUAGGUUUUUCCGAAUUACCUGAAAAUGCCGACGUUUCUUCACUUGAUUCCGAGGAUUUUCUUACCAAGUUUCAUCAUGCUCUCCUCCAGAUUCACCUCGAAGAAGGUGCCCUUGUUUGUCCUGAAACUGGUCGCAAAUUCCCUGUUAGUAAGGGUAUUCCUAAUAUGCUUCUUCUUGAAGAUGAAGUUUGAUUUAUUUUACGACUUACGCAGUUUAUGUUGUUUUUGUUUUUGUUUUUUCUUUGGAAUUUGAUUAGAAACGAUGCAUAUAAGAUGUUCGAUGAAAUGUCUCAAUGAACACCAUUAUUGUGCGUUUGGUUUUGA